GUGACGAAAGCGGAAGUAAGUGACGGAUUUUGUUUUGAUGGAAGAAAGCAUGGAAGCCGGCGAGAAGAAACGAGCUCGCUCAUCUAAAACUAAAAAAGGUGGAAGAGCAGCUCAGGUGAGGUCAGCUGAAGAGGAGGCCAGAAGGAAGGAGGUGUUGAAGGAGGCCCUGAGGGAGAAGCUGGAAUUGGAGCGGAGAGCUCUUCAGGUGGUGGAAAGGCUCCUGGACGACGGCGUGACGGAGGAUUUCCUGACAGACUGCGCUCGACUGAUCACACCAGCUAACUACAGCGAUGCAGUGGAGGAACGCUCCAUCGUCAGAAUGUGUGGAUAUCCUGUCUGCUCCAACAAACUCGCUAACGUUCCAACUCAACAGUAUAAAAUUUCCACCAAGACCAAUAAGGUGUAUGAUAUCACUGAGCGCAAGUGCUUCUGUAGUAACUUCUGCUACAAAGCCUCGAAAUAUCUCGAAGUCCAGAUAUCCAAAUCACCGCUGUGGCUGAGAAAGGAGGAGAGACCUCCUGAGGUGAAGCUGUUGAAGAAGGGAGAUGGAGGCACUUCGGGUCUGGAGGUGAAGCUAUCAGACAGACCUGUGAGUAAAUCGGACGUUGAGAAUCCGAUCCCAGAAUGCACCGGGUCGCACGGAGGCUCCAGCGAGGGCGAGUGUAGCGAUGAGGAGGAGGGCUUCGUGUCCAGCGUGGUGGCCAGACAGCAGCAGCCGAGGCGUGUUCGCUGGGGGGAUCUGCCCAGGCGGGACGGAGAAAACCAAACGCACGACGGUGACGCCGAAGUGGCAGGUGUGAGGCGUGAGAGAGAGAAGCGCUGUGAUGACGCUAAGGUCUCUCAACCAGUCAGUUCCUCAGUGUCAGUGGAUGAAACCAGUGAGCUUCUACAGCAGGUUGCUCUCUCCGACUCUCCUGCUUCGGCUGACAACUCUCUCGAAACGAGCCUCGACAUCUCCCAAGUGGGGAUGAGUAAAAAAACUGCUGCUGGACUCCGAAAGCUGCUAAAGAGCCACGGGAAAGCGAGAGCCGAAGCUCCGGCGGUCACGCUCAGCCUGCUGGAAGGUCUCACACACACACUGAUGGAGUGGAGAACCGAGGAGACCAUGAGGUUCCUCUACGGACCAGAUUACACCUCACACACUGAGGCUGAGCUGCAGAGCGAGGAGGAGGAGGAGGAAGAGCUGGAUGAAGAUGACCUGGAGGAUGUAGAGAAGGUGAAGCGUUCAGGAGAAGGUUCAGGAGGAGGUUCAGGAGAAGGUUCAGGAGGAGGUUCAGGAGGAGGAGCUCAGGCUCGACCCUCUGCAGCAGCACCUGAUUAUGACACUCUGACGAGAGAGACGCAGAUGCUGGCGCUCCAAGUGCACGAGUUUUACAGAGGAGUGUGUGUCCUGCCUGAGGAGGUGCAAACAGAAGCUGGAGAGGAGAAAACACACACCGAGGACCGAGAGAACGCCCCGCCGUUGCCGCUGGUCGACUCUCGUUCUCAGCGAGCGAUCCAGAGACGCAUUGCUGUGGAGAAGCUCUGCAGAAGUCUAAGAGACGUCGUCGGGCCUCUGGGUCUAACCAUGAGCGAGAUCAUCGAUGAUAUUAACGGCAUAGUCCGGACCUUCAGAUUUACUAACGUUAACAUCAUCCACAAGCCUCCUGAAUGGACCUUGAUUGCCAUCGUUUUGCUUUCAGCGUUAACUGAAGUGUCUCCGUCGCUGAGGGAGUCGAUGACGAGGACGUGUUCAGUCGAGUACAUCAGCUCUCUCAUGAAGGAGCUCAGACUGAAGGACGAGGAUCUGCAGAACCUCGUGAAGCUCUUCAAGCCUGUCAGAAGAGCGCACGCUACACACUCAGCUACAGAGUAGAGCCGAGUAACAAGGCAGUAAAACUGAAAAUAAUACAAAUAAAUGCAGUUGUGUGAACCAGAAAACAAGGCUACUUGAAAUGUUUUCUUUUUUUUUUUUUAAUCUUUCUGAUUGAGAUUCCUGAGCAGCUCUUAAUUAUAAUACUGUAAUCCUAAAUCAUGUGUAAACCUGGGUAUAGGUUUGACAUUUUGCUCAAUUUUGAUGUUUGUCGUCCUGAAGAAUGCGGUGCAAAUUAUUAAAAUGUUUGGCUUAUA